AUGUUUCUCGGGAUUCGUUGGCUAAAUGCAUUAGGGCGUGUAACUUGGGAUGGAAUAACCAAAACAGUAGAAUUCCAAACCCCAACUGCAACAAUCAAAUGGCAAGGAGAGGCAGCAACAAGAGGGAGUGAAGCAACUGCGUUGAAUGCAAUUAGCAAUGGGACAGACCAUUUGGAAACCUGGGUUUUACGUUUAGGGAGUUUUCCUUUUCAUUCAUUGUACCGUGUGAUCACGUUAAUCACGGCUCCAAGAAAGAAGAAGUUACCAGCUCCUACUACUAGACUUACACGAGCCCAAGCAAAAGCUAAAGCUGAAGCAGGGUCUCCUUUCGGUUGCCUCAUGAAUUACUUAGGCCCUGAUGCUCCAGCUUCAUUUGUUAUUCCCUCUUCAUCGCUUGUUAGUGAUGUCAUAUCACCGGAAGGUUGGUCUCUUCCUCAUGCCCAUUCAUAUAAGGUUCUCCAAGUUUUGAGUUUCAUUACAACUAUUCAGCCAACGCCUGUUACUGAUUCCACUCAAUGGUGUAUUGGUGAUAAAAUCUACAACUCUUAUAUCUCUAAGGACAUCUGGAACACAAUUCGGGAAGCAAAACCACAAGUUCCCUGGUUUUUGAUUAUAUGGCACAAAGCUUUAGUGCCAAAACAUGCUUUGCUAUCUUGGUUGUUUCAAUCUUGUCUAUAUGAGAUUUUGAGAGAACGAAAUAACCGCUACCACAAUGGUCUCACGCCGCCUACGGCGGUGGUUCCCACUUCCCAGAAAGGUAUAUCUUGUAGUCCGAACGAAGGCUAUGACCUUGAAGAAUUUAGACAAAAAGCAUGGGGAAGCUUUGCUCGCCUUAUGGUCGGCCCACAGCUGAUUGUCUCUUCUUACCCUCUUCUCUCCUCUCAAUCUCUUACAUAG